UGUUGCCCGUGUGUGUGUGCUCAGGGAGGGCGACCCCGCCGCGGGCCUGAGGCCGAGCCAGCGAGCGCCUGCCCCGCUGCCGGUAGCUCGCCUCUUAGGGCUUCCCUACUUCCCCGUCCCGGUCCCCUCCUCGGGGCCUUCUAUAUGGGCCACCUUCUCUCGAAGGAGCCGCGUAACCGCCCGAGCCAGAAGAGGCCUCGCUGUUGCAGCUGGUGCCGCCGCCGCCGCCUUCUCCUCAGGCUGCCCCGCCGGACCCCGUCCAAGGCGCCCCCACAGCCGGCGGCGCCCCGGAGCCGGGACUGCUUUUUCCGCGGGCCCUGCAUGCUCUGCUUCAUCGUGCACAGCCCCGGCGCUCCCGCCCCCGCCGGCCCAGAGGAGGAGCCGCCGCUCUCGCCGCCGCCGCCGCGGGACGGGGCCUACGCCGCGGCCGCCUCCUCGCAGCACCUGGCGAGGCGCUACGCGGCCCUGGCUGCCGAGGACUGCGCCGCCGCCGCCCGCCGCUUCCUGCUAUCUUCGGCCGCCGCCGCCGCCGCCGCCGCCGCCUCGGCCUCGUCGCCCGCCUCCUGCUGUAAAGAACUGGGGCUGGCCGCGGCCGCUGCCUGGGAGCAGCAGGGCCGGAGCCUCUUCUUGGCCAGCGUGGGGCCCGUGCGCUUCCUGGGGCCGCCCGCCGCCGUGCAACUCUUCCGAGGGCCGCCGCCGCCGGCCGAGCCCCCCACGCCCCCCGAGAUGGUGUGCAAGCGGAAGGGGGCCGGGGUCCCUGCCUGCACCCCCUGUAAGCAGCCCCGCUGCGGAGGUGGGGGCUGCGGCGGCGGCGGCGGCGGCGGCGGCGGGCCUGCGGGGGGAGGCGCCUCGCCGCCGCGGCCCCCCGACGCCGGCUGCUGCCAGGGCCCCGAGCAGCCACCGCAGCCUCUCUGCCCCCUGCCCUCCUCUCCAACUGCCGAAGGUACCCCGCCAGAGGCCAGCGGGGACGCCGUCCGAGCGGGGGGCACCGCCCCCUCGCCCGCCCAGCGACAUGAAUGUGGCGACGCGGACUGUCAGGAUCCCCCCGAAAACCCCUGCGACUGUCACAGGGAGCCACCCCCUGAAACCCCAGACAUCAACCAGCUGCCGCCAUCCAUCCUGCUCAAGAUAUUUUCCAAUUUAUCCUUGGAUGAGCGCUGCCUUUCUGCAUCAUUGGUUUGCAAGUAUUGGCGGGACCUUUGUUUAGAUUUCCAGUUUUGGAAGCAGCUGGAUCUUAGUAGUCGUCAGCAGGUCACUGAUGAAUUAUUGGAAAAAAUUGCAUCAAGAAGUCAAAAUAUAAUUGAAAUCAACAUUUCUGAUUGUCGCAGUAUGUCUGAUACUGGCGUAUGUGUUCUAGCAUUUAAGUGUCCUGGACUUCUUAGAUAUACAGCCUACAGGUGUAAACAGCUUUCUGACACCUCUAUUAUUGCGGUUGCCUCUCAUUGUCCUUUACUUCAGAAAGUUCAUGUAGGCAACCAGGACAAACUUACUGAUGAAGGACUCAAACAGCUGGGCUCAAAAUGCAGAGAACUCAAAGAUAUUCAUUUCGGCCAGUGUUACAAGAUCUCAGAUGAAGGCAUGAUCGUCAUAGCCAAGGGCUGUCUGAAAUUGCAAAGAAUAUACAUGCAAGAAAACAAAUUGGUGACAGAUCAGUCGGUAAAAGCAUUUGCUGAGCACUGUCCUGAACUUCAGUACGUUGGCUUUAUGGGUUGUUCGGUUACUUCUAAAGGAGUCAUUCACCUAACCAAGCUAAGAAACCUUUCCAGCUUGGACCUACGUCAUAUCACUGAACUGGAUAAUGAAACUGUGAUGGAAAUUGUCAAGAGGUGCAAAAAUCUUAGCUCUCUCAAUCUCUGUCUGAACUGGAUCAUAAAUGACAGGUGUGUGGAGGUCAUUGCAAAGGAAGGACAAAACCUGAAAGAGCUCUAUCUGGUGUCCUGUAAAAUCACAGACUAUGCACUGAUAGCCAUUGGGCGACACAGCAUGACAAUAGAGACUGUGGAUGUUGGAUGGUGUAAAGAAAUCACAGACCAAGGAGCCACUCUGAUUGCGCAGAGCAGCAAAUCCCUGAGAUACUUGGGGCUGAUGAGAUGCGAUAAAGUCAAUGAAGUGACAGUAGAGCAGCUCGUGCAGCAAUACCCCCACAUCACCUUCAGCACUGUCCUGCAGGACUGCAAGAGGACCUUGGAGAGAGCCUAUCAGAUGGGCUGGACCCCCAACAUGUCAGCCGCCUCCUCCUAACACCCUGCCCGUGUGCACAUCUGCUUGGACCGUCCCUCUGGGCAGAGAGGAAUUGUAGGUUUUGGGUUGGGUGAUCUCAUGGAAAGGUUUUAACUGUCCCAUGUCUACACGUGUACCUGAGUGUGUGUAUUUGUGUCCUGUUUGCAUACUGCAUAGCAUAAGCGCAAUUGCUGUUUGUUCCCAGGUGAGCUGAUGUUUUUCUUAAAAAUUGAAGAUGUUGAAAGACGCAAGCCCAGUUUUAAGUUUGAAGGCUUUUUCCUCUAAAAAAAAUAUUUUACUAUAGAAUCAAAAAAAUUGGAUCUAUUAUUUUGAGCUUCUAAUUACUACCACUUGCAGAUGCCCUAAAAUGAAGGCAUUCCUUCUUUUCUGAUGCAAUAGAAUUGUGCACUUCUACAGAUGACAACCAGGCCAGAAGGGAUGUUGCACUAACUAUAGAAGUGUGGAAACCAGUACUUUUCCAAAUUUCAGACACAUACACACACACAGGCUUUCACAUUGUCACAUAUACACACACGUGCAAAGUGGUGAGCACACACCAGGGAGUUUCUUUCUAGAUCAUUUGUUGACAGAGAGGCCUUCCUCCACGCCACUGAAGGGACAUGUCAUCUACUGUGGCUCUGCCUAACUCAGUGAAUUCACAGUUAACCAAUCUAGUGAGUGACUUAGAGACUAGAGAGGAAAUAAAGCCUUUUGGGAAGUUUUUAUAUGGAGGUAACAAUCUGAAUUUCCCUGGCCAGCUCACAAAAUUAAUUACUCAUUUUUCUACAAAUGCAUUCUGUUGAGUACUAGAGAUUUCAGUUGAGGUUUAUGUUAACAGUGUAUAAGGUUUUAUUUCAUGGGUGGUAAAUAGUCUGGAUAUACUUUAAUGAUAUUUGAAGCUAAUCCUAGCACUAUCCAACAUUAAAGUCACCAAUGUAAUUAAUAGUGUGCAGUUAUUUAAAAAAAAAAAAGCCUACAGAUCAUUUAAUAUUUUUGCUAAUUUUAGUAAUUAUGAAAGUAUAUUUCUGAGAUUGGCAGUAGUCACAUUAGUAGAAGACUGAUGAGUGAGAUAAUAAGUAGACAAUCUAUUGAUUUUUUUUCUUUGCUUCGGGCUUUAGAAAAGAUUUUUUGAUAUAUGCAUGUUAUCAUUUCUUGAAUAGUUCUUAUGCUACUUCGAAGAUUUAUCCCUAGUUAAUGUAUGAGUUAAGGGGAAAAAUUAGAAAAUCUUUCUGUUAAGAUUCUGUUUACACUUGCCAGAAAUAAGCAUUUCUUUGUUUAAUUAAAGAUUGCCAGCUUUCACUUAAGACAGUAUCUGUCAGUAAAUGAAUAUAUGUUUUGAUUUCACACAUCUUUACAAUUAAUUCAUAGUAGGGAACUCAGGCUCAAAUAACCUUUCUUGUGUCUAGAUUUAUAAUCAAGACAGCAGGGAGCCUUUUUAAGCUAAAGAGUGAUUAUCUUUAAGAGUAGAACUAGACACAAAACCCUGACUUGUGACUUUGCUAUUUAUUCUUCCCCAGUGUGGAUAUAAUGGUUUUUUGUCUUUAACAGGUAUACUAAGGUUUGAGUUUCACUUUCUAUAAGUCCCAAUAUUGAUAAAAUUAUAUUAACCAUAAGAAACAAAAAAAAAAUAACUUCACAUUCAAAUGCCAUACACUUAUUUAUAAUGACUCCUUUUUUGUAAACAACUGUUUCCCUUGUUUGUGUCAACAUGUUCCUGAUGUGGCAUGUUAUUUACUUUUAAUCGCAAUCAGUUAGGAAAAUCUAGUCACUAAGCACCAAGAAUAUUUUUUCCAUCACUAAAUGGGUGACUAAUUUAAUUUGAAGGGAAUAAAAUUUGUGUAAGAAAAAAACUAUGAACUGUUAAUAAACUGUAGUUCUUACACAUCAAACGGUAUUUUUUCCAUAGUCAUUUCCCCUACCACUAUCUUAAUUCACACUAUUUUAACUGAUUUUUAAUCCAAAACUAAUUUAUAAGAAAGUAUGUAUAGUAAUAGUAGCUUGAGUGAAUAAGCAAAAGUUUAAUUUUUAUAUAUGUCACACUCUAUUUUAAAUAGUGAAAAAAUAAAGACAAAAGAAGGGAGAGCCAUCACUAACAUAGAUGGUGCCAUCUCAGUUCAAAGUUGCAGUCAUCUUUGGAGUGUUAAGAGUUUGGUUGUCAAAUUGUUUCAGAAGUGCAUAAUUGAUUUUUUUUAAAUGUUGCAUUGUUUGAAUCUAAAGUACAGCACUAUGACAUGCUUUAGCUUGGGGGGUGGGGUGGGGCAGGGGACUUGCACUUAUUCUUUAAAAUGUUGACUAAUCCAGAAAGCCUCAUGCAACAUAACCUGGAAAACCGCUUCGGUAUAUUUGUAGAAAUCGAUAGAUACAUCAUACAGCCUCAAAGCAUUAAUCUCAAAAAACAGCCAUAAAGAGCAUCACCUUUAGUGAUCUCCUGAUGGUUGUUGAAUGUGUUCUCAUUAGAUGCUUUAAAAUGAGGCUUAAAAUGAUUUUUCUGGGCAAUAUAGAGUUUCUUAUCUUUUUUUUUUGCUUAGAAUGUCAUAAAUAUAUGUGAACACGUUUGAUGCAGGGCUUUUUAUCCUCUCCAAAAUGUCAACAGUAUUUUCAGAAUAAAGACUAUGAAAUAUAUUGCUGUAGUGGAAAAUUCUGGUCCUUUGUCUUUAAUGUCUUUUUGAGUGGAUAAGGGAAAUUCACCCGGUUUGUAGUUUCUAUAUUUCUGUGAAUCUUUUGACCUUGCAAUAGGUUGCAAUAAAAGAGAAACAAAAUA